AUGGCUCUUCCCUACUUCACUCAUUAUCUCAAGUUUCGCGCGUUGAGGAUACUUCUUUCAGCCUUGUUUGUAUGGCUCUUAUUGUUUCAGCUUUGCCGGAUCAAAUUCUGGCGCGAUCCACACUCUGCCUUCUUCGAGGACCGCCAUGUGUAUGAGAUGGAUUACAGUCUUUAUCGGGAGCGCGAAGCAUGGCAUUUCCUAUCUCGACACAACUCCGAUAUUAACCCCCCUCCUACGUCAACAAUCGUCACGGUUCGACGACACUUGGAUGCCUAUUUUGAGCCAUCUGUUGGUUCAUUACUUGAGGGACUGGACGAAAGAGAGAGAAGCAAAGUAUAUCUCAGUGUACUAUUUGCCGAUACCGAACCAAGGGUACACGCUAGCUGGGGUCAGAAAUGGGUAGAGAGGCUCACUGACUCGGCUACAACCUACAAUGUAUCGGAUGAGCAAUUUAAGCAUUUGCAAACCCUGGAAAGGGAAAAGAACAUUUAUGAAAAAGGAGUAUUUGACUACUUAUAUGCACUACGAAGCUGUCAGCAACUGAACACUUCCUACACCAUCAUCUUCGAAGACGAUAUCAUAGUCGCUACAGCAUGGUUCUCGAGAACGUUGAAGGCGCUGGCGGAUAUUGCCCGACUCGAACGACAGUCGGGGAAGCCCUGGAUCUAUCUCCGACUCUUUUAUACCGAGACGGCAUUAGGUUGGACAAGAUCGGACUUUGCGUAUAGUUAUAUGCCACUUGUCUUUGGGAUUCUGAUACUGUCUGGAUUAAUAUGCUUGAUCUUUCUUCGCCGCUCCCGCUUCACGCGAUUUCAUUUAGAUCCUACUAGCAUAGUGGUCAUCUCAAUGGUUUGCAUUCCUGCAUUCACUGCACUUGUCUACAUGGUCGGCAAGUACAACUUAAUGCCUCUUCACGGGGUUAUUGAGAUGAACAAGUCUGGUUGUUGCACGCAGGGACUAGUGUUUCCGAGGGAGCGUGUGGAUGGACUGAUUGACUUUUUGAGCGCACGAGGACAUGGACAGACGGACUCUAUAAUCGAGGAAUACGCCGACUAUCACAAACUGAAUCGAUACGCAUUGGCACCGCCGCAGCUCCAACAUGUGGGUUUGAAAUCAAGCCGGGAUAAUCUCGACAUCAAUACACGCAGCACAUGGGCAUUUUGGUUCGAGACCAAUGAUCCAAGUAUACUCAGCGAGGACCACCGGAGACUACUAGAAGACCAUGAUGUGAAGAGGAUGCUGAAUUUGUCAAGUACAAAAUAUGAUUGA